AGGUUCAAGAAUUUGAGAGAGGUCAAGUGUGAGACAGACGCACAAAUACAUUUGAAAACUUAAAAAAUUAGCUGGUUUUUGGGGGAGAAGCGAAAAGAAACCGAAAAAAAAUAAAAAGGAAAGAGAGGAUUUUCUAAAGAGAAAAGAAAACUAACAUAGAACUGGGAAGGAAAAGUGAUUGCUUGUACAUGAUAAAGAUCAAAGAGACUGAAGAAAGAAGUAAGGAGAACAAGAGAAAGGAAGAAAAUCCCUUGGUGAAAGAAGAAAAAAAGAAAGGGGAUGGCUCAUUCUAGGGUUCAUAAAGAUAGAGGAGAGUUGAGGAUUCAUGAGAAUUUGGAUGAGCUUGGCACUGAUUUGGCAGAAUAUAUUGCUGAAUUAUCAGAGGCAUCGGUGAAGGAGAGGGGUGUCUUUGCCAUUGCCAUAUCUGGUGGUUCCCUCAUUGGCUUGAUGGGGAAACUUUGUGAAGCUCCUUAUCACAAGACUGUAGACUGGGCUAAAUGGUAUAUAUUUUGGGCGGAUGAACGUGUGGUGGGGAAAACUCAUGCUGAUAGCAAUUAUAAGCUUGCGAAGGAUGGUCUUUUGUCGAAGGUGCCCGUGGUACCCAGUCAUGUGAAUUCUAUCAACGAUUCAGUGUCAGCAGAGGAAGCUGCUGAUGACUAUGAGUUUCAUAUUCGACAGUUAGUGAAAACACGGACAAUUAAUGUGUCUGAUAAUAGUGACUGCCCCAAGUUUGACCUCAUCCUUCUUGGAAUGGGUCCUGAUGGUCAUGUUGCUUCGCUAUUCCCUAACCACCCUAUGCUUGACGAGAAAUCGGAGUGGGUAACUUUUAUUACCGACUCCCCCAAACCCCCACCGGAGAGGAUCACAUUCACUUUGCCUGUCAUCAACUCAGCAUCCAAUGUGGCCGUGGUUGUGACAGGUGAGAGCAAAGCAGAGGCUGUACACUUGGCAAUUGAUGAUGUAGGACCGGACUACCUGUCAUUGCCUGCACGGUUGGUACAGCCAACAAAAGGGAAGCUGGUGUGGUUUUUGGACAAGCCAGCUGCCUCAAAACUAGACGGUUUUCAAUUUUCUGAGUAGAGUCAAGCUGUUACUGCCGAUGUGUAUGUUUGUAUGUAGUGGACGGACUCAACACCCGUGGAUCCUUUUCUUUCUAUUUAGCAGCCCCCCGCGUCCCCCCUCUUCUUUUCCCUUUUCUCUCGUUUGCUUUGGGUUAGAUUCUCCAUUUUAUCCCCUCUUGUUUAGAGGAGUUGGAGAAGUGUGAUAUCCUUUUUGUAUGAAGAAUAAAGUUGGGGCCUCGGUGCAAAAACUUUUCCUGGUUCUGUUUCUUCUAGGAUGGAUUAUGAAGGUGGGAUAAUAGUUCACGGGAGAGCCAGCCCAACGGGAUGUUAAAAGAGAUUCUGUCUUUUGCUUUACAGAGAGAUUACAAGUUCCAUGACA